AUGAUUCCUCAUAGGAGCACGGGCCUGUUGGCUAUCAUUGUCUUUGUCGCGCUCCUCCUUUUCAUCUUCUCGUCCUCGCCUAUCCCUGAACCGACGAUUGAAGGAGAGGAGGGCCAAGAGCCCGCGAAGUAUCAUGUCCCGAUUCCAAAGCUCCCAUCGCUGAGCAAUUUCCACCUACCGUCCUUCCGUCCUCCAUCUCACGAACCCCCAGCGGAGCAAACAAACAGCACAAGUGGCGAGUCGAAAUGGUUCAGCACCUGGGAAUGGAAGAAUCCCUUCUCAUCUGCCAUUACCCUGGAUGAGAACCGCUCCGUCCUUCCUCCGCUGCCGGAACGGCGUCGAAUCUACACCUACUACAAUCCUAAAUAUAACCUGAAGAAGCACACUGGCAAGGACUUGAAGGACGAUCAUGACGCUGAUGAUCAACUUCUGCUCGCCUGGCGACGGGCCUGGUUCGCGCAGGGAUUCCGGCCUGUCGUCCUCACCCCGGGCGACGCUAUGAAGAACCCGUACUACGAGGUCGUGCAGAAAUUAAAGCUGAACGCGGAUUUGGAGAACGAGGUCUUCCGUUGGUUGGCUUGGGGCCACAUGGGAGCUGGAAUACUCGCCGAUUUCGAAUGCUUCCCCAUGGCACGAUACGAUGAUAAUCUCCUGACCGCUUUGCGACGAGGAAUGAUACCCGAAUUCAUCACACGUUUUGAUAAUUUCCAAGGCGGGCUCUAUUCUGCAGAGAAACAGCGCAUCAACCAGGCCAUCGAAGGUGCCGUCAAGAAGCUGGAUGACAAAUCUACCUCGUUCUCCGACCUGAUCGAUCCUGCAUUGUUCAAGGUCGAACAGCCAACUGCAUUGGCAUACUACAGAUCUUCCAGUAUCACUUCGCGCUACCCGAGUGUCCAUGAGAAGAUUAGCCAAAGCCCUGCGGCUGGCCGACUACAGCUAGUGGAACUCAUCAACGGGCACCUUCACAACACCUUCCAGAACGCCUUCCCAGCUGGCCUGGCCGUGCUGAAGCCCUUCCCUCAGCAUACUACGGCGCUGGUAGAGCCGGCACUACGUUUAGCCAAGGCUCUCAUUAAAUGCCCGGAGUCUCCCAUGCCCAACUCCUGCCCUCCCAACAUUCCUGAAUGCCGGCCCUGCGGCUCCGCUAAGUCGCCCAUGCGUAUCAGUCAGCCAGCAAGCUUCAAGAACACCUCCUUCCUAUUCACGAUUGGUACUCUGCCUCAUCCGUAUACCCUCAUCAGUCUGCAAAAGAGCUCCGAUCUUGUGACCACGCCCCAGAUCCGUCGUGAGACUGAGCGUGAUUCGUGGUUGGCCGAGGUAACCAAGGAACACCUUGGAGAGGAGCUGGGUAGCUCGUCCAGGGGGACGGUGUUUAAGCAGGUUGUCGCCGGCGAGCAGGCUGUUGCUAACUCAUUGUGGAUGACCGUCGAGUCUCUACCUGCGGCGGCUGGACAAAGUCUCCCCGCUGAACUUUUGGAUGAGUUCGAGUGGCAACUCGGAUUCAAGAUUCCCCGCAGUGGCACUAUCGACCCGAAUACGGCUGGGGAUAAGGAGAGUGUGCAGAACAAGAACCCAAGCCAGCAGGGCGUCGGCCAAGAGUACGAAUUGAUCAGGAAGGCCCGCGAGGUCAUGAAGAGCAAGGAUACCAAUGUGAACAAAAUCAAGGCCGUCGCCGAAGCCUGGAACCUGGCGGACACCGAAGUGUGGCGAUUCGUGAAAGCUUAUCGGGCUCGAAGUGCCGUUGAGCGCCAGCAGUGGGAAGAAGAGGAGAAGGCCUUUUCUAGCCCCUCGCAGUAG